AACUCCCAGAAUCCACCGCGCGGCGGUCGGAGAGGUGAAAAUGGCGUCGGCGUUUUUAUCUCACCAGCAGAAAGUUCUGCGACUUUACAAGAAAUCCCUGCGACAUUUGGAGUCCUGGUGUAUCUAUAGAGACAAGUACCGGUUCUACGCCUGCAUGCUGCGGGCCCGCUUCGACGAGAACAAGCAUGAGAAGGACAUGGUGAAGGCCACGAAGCUGCUGAAGGAAGGAGAGGAAGAGUUCUGGAAGAGGCAGCAUCCUCAGCCCUACAUCUUCCCCGACUCCCCCGGAGGGACGUCCUAUGAGAGAUACGAGUGCUACAAGGUUCCAGAAUGGGUCCUGGACUACUGGCACCCAUCUGAGAAAGCCAUGUACCCAGACUACUUUGCUAAGAGGGAGCAGUGGAAGAAGCUGAGGGAGCAGAGCUGGGAGAGAGAGGUGGCUCAGCUGGAAGCUGAGACUCCUGCCGGUGGUCCCACCAGCGAGGCCCUGCCCCCGGCCCGGAAGGAGGGCGACCUGCCCCCCCUGUGGUGGCACAUUGUGACCCGCCCACGGGAGCGCCCCACAUAAAUUAAACUUGUGUCAGCACCUGGGACUGGACCACCCAAAAUAGAACUCUGUUUGUCUUCAGGUGUUUCCAUGUGAAAAUAGCAAUCAAUAAAUAUGACUAG